UUCCUUCCACCUUUCAAAAUAACAAACAAAACAGUGGGAGUGUCGUCGAUCCCAUCGAUGAUCCCAAUGCCUCCAUAUAUAUUCUUCAUCUCUCCUUCUCAUUUCUAGGGUUUUUUUCCCCCCUCCUUCUCUCUUUCGAAUCUCGGCGAUUUUGAUCUUUUCUUUCUCUACUCUACCGCCGAUUUUGAUCUUCUUCGAGGCUUUUUUCUGGAGAUCUUGAUCUCUCUCAGGAUCCUCUGUGGCGCAUUCUCUGGAGAUCAAAAAUGGCUUCUUUGCCUCAUUCUCCAAUUGCAUUUUCCGGCACCUCUGCCUCAGAUCAUCUUCAGAGUUCUUGUAGUGGCAUCAAUGGGAUGCCUUUGAAAUAUCUUGGGAGGACGUGCUUAGGUGUUGGGAGGAGGGAUCUCUCCAUCGUUGCAAAGAUCAAGAAGUGGAAGAAGCACGAUUACCCGUGGCCGGACGAGGUUGACCCGAAUGUGAAAGGUGGACAUGUGAGCUAUCUCUCGCAUUUCAAGCCUUUGAAAGAGAAGCCGAAGCCAGUUACAUUGGACUUCGAGAAACCUCUCAGAGCUCUAGAGAAGAAGAUCAUUGAUGUACGAAAGAUGGCAGAUGAAACUGGUCUGGAUUUCAGUGACCAGAUCUCUUCUCUGGAGACUAAGUAUCAGCAGGCUUUAAAAGACCUGUACACACAUCUGACUCCCAUACAACGCUUGACCAUUGCUCGGCAUCCUAACAGGCCAACUUUUCUUGACCAUAUGUUAAGGAUUACUGACAAGUGGGUGGAGCUUCAUGGAGACCGUGCUGGUUAUGAUGAUCCUGCCAUUGUCACAGGCAUAGGAAGUAUAGAUGGUAUGAACUGUCUUUUCAUAGGUCAUCAAAAAGGUAGAAACACGAAAGAAAACAUUCAACGUAACUUUGGGAUGCCUACUCCACACGGUUACCGGAAAGCUUUGCGCCUGAUGCUUUAUGCCGAUCAUCAUGGAUUGCCUAUCGUUACAUUUAUUGACACGCCAGGGGCUUAUGCAGACCUUAGGUCAGAGGAAUUAGGCCAAGGUGAGGCCAUAGCACAUAAUUUGAGGGCUAUGUUUGGUCUGAAAGUUCCAAUUGUUACGGUUGUUAUUGGGGAAGGUGGUUCUGGUGGUGCACUUGCUAUUGGAUGUGCUAACAGAUUAUUAAUGAUGGAAAAUGCAGUUUUCUUUGUUGCCAGCCCAGAGGCAUGUGCUGCAAUCUUGUGGAAGAGUUCCAAAGCUGCUCCAAAGGCAGCUGAGAAGUUGAAGAUAACUGCUACAGAAUUGUGCAAGCUGAAAAUUGCAGAUGGCAUCAUUCCCGAACCGCUUGGUGGUGCACACACCGAUCCAUCUUGGACCUCAGAACGGAUAAAGAUUGCACUUGUUGGAGAACUGAAAGAGCUCUUGAAAAUGGACACACAACAGCUCCUGCACCAUCGCAUGCUCAAAUUCCGUGCAAUGGGUGGGUUCCAAGAAGGCAUUCCAGCAGACCCAAUAAAGAAAGCUAGAAUGAAGAAGAAAGAGGAGCCGGUUCAAAAGGGAGAGCCCAGUAAAACUUCAGAUGUUGACUUGCAGGAUGAGAUUGAAAAGCUCAAACUGCAAAUUGUCAAAUCCAAGGAGUCCUCGUCUCGGCCUCCUGAGUUGGGCCUGAAUGAGAUGAUUGAGAAACUGAAAAGGGAGGUUGAUCUGGAAUUUUCUAAGGCUGUCAAAUCCAUGGGAUUGAAGGACAGGCUCGAGUUGUUGCGGAAGGAUGUUUCAAAAGCGAGGAGUUCGCCAGACCAACUCAUAGAUCCGGGCCUCAAGGAGAAGAUUGAGAAACUCAAGCAGGAGUUGAACCAAGGUCUAUCAACAUCUCCCAAUUUACCGAGCUUGAAUUACAAACUUGAUAUGCUGAAGGAAAUAUCAAAAGCCAAGGAACUCUCAGAGCAGGAAGGAAAACUUGCGUCGAUAAAGCAGGAAAUCAAUAAAAGGCUCAAAGAGAUUGUUGAUAGAUCCGAUAUGAAGGAGAGGAUUGAGAUGCUACAGGCAGAAAUGGAAAAUUUUGGAGUCUCAACAGAAGGUGAUCUCGAUCAUGGGCUGAAGGAGAAAAUCGUGAAAGUGAAGAAGGAGAUAGGAUUAGAGCUGGCCAAUGUAUUGAAGUCCUUGCAUUUGGAUGUUGAGCUUGUGGCACCAAAACAAGAGGUGUUGAGAACAAAUGACUUUAUCGAGCAGCCACCAUUCUCAGAUUUAAAUGUCAAGAUCAAGGAAUUGAAUCAUGAAAUUAAUGAUGUGAUACAAGAUGCUGUGGAUUCAACGGAUCUGAAGAACGAAAUUGAGAUGCUGAAGCUGGAGGUGGCGAAGGCGGGGAAUUCACCCUAUCCAGAAUCAGCGAAUAAGAUCGAGGCACUGAAGCAACAGAUAAAGCAGAGCCUUGGAGCUGCUUUAAGCUCCUCGGGCUUGAUAGAUAAGCAUGAGAAGCUGAUGCAGGAGAUUGCUAAAGCCAAAGGAUCGGAGGAAUUGAAUGGAGUUUUGAAGAAGGAGGCUCUGCAAGAAGGCGAUUCAAAACACGAUGUGUCGAGAAUGCAGAUUAAUAUGGAUGUGAGCCGCAGAUAAACAUAAUGUGAAGAUGGCCUGAUGAGAAACACAGCUCCUCAGUUCUUGGAUGGACUUCUCUCCAAAAACCACCACGUCUUCCGAUCGGAAUCAGAAGCUGGCCCACCAUUACCACCAGUCUGCCGAAUUUGAGCUGUCUUUUCCAUCUUUUAACUAGAAUCUGUGGAUGCUCCACUUGGAAUACAAACAAGAAAGCAGUAGGUAGCUUUCUUGCAGAUUUUUGUUGUUGGCCUUUUCUCUGUCUAUUCAGCUUCUCUAUGGAGCUGGGCUAGUUUGAGUUAUUUUAGUGUUGAAACCGUAAAAUCUCUAUUUUAAAAAUCAGUAGUCUGUAUAGAUUUCACAAGCAUUUGAGGUAAAGUUGAGGCUCUGGAAAUGUCUCAGCUAUAAUAAUAGCAGAAAUAAGUGUAAGCUUAUACCACAUUCUUUCAUGGGUUUAUAUAUGCAUCCUUUCAUGAA